GGGGUUUCCGUUGGUCUGGUUGCUAAGAGACGGAGCUGUCAACCAUCAGAGCAACGAAAAAUGUCGUCCAAUUAUACCGCUAACCAGUAUGAAAAUGCUUUCAAGUCUCAUAAACUGCAGAACUGGACCGUACCAAAACAUUACAAAGAGAGACCAUCAGCAGCAGAGGGCCACACUGCAUUUAUAGGCACAGACCGAGGUCAUCUGCUUCCUGGUGUGAAGCGUGGAAGCCCCUGGACAUCAUUCCAGGGAACAUGGGACUUACCAAGACGUAUCCCUCCAGUUCAUAUAAACCCUACAGCUCGCUCCCUGGAGGGCCAGGAGCGCCUCAAGGCUUGGGGGCAGUCCCAGCGCCUGGUCCAGUCAGCUACUGAUAGGCCUCAUGAAGGACAUAACACUGACGAGGAGCUGCAGUAUCCAGUGGGCACUCCUGCUCCAGAUGGUCAAGAACCCAUUCCAGAGAAGCCAUCCAGUCAAGCUCAGUCCAGGCCUGGAACUCAACAGAGUCAAGCUCCGUCUAGACCAGUCACCCAGCAAAGCCAUGUUGAGUCUAGACCAGCCUCUCAGCAAAACAAGGCUGACUCUAGACCCACUUCCCAACAAGACCAAAUUGAGUCUGGACCCCUGGCGAAGGCCAUCCAAGCUCAGUCCAGACCAGUGUCCCAGACCAGCAGAAGAGGGCAAUGACCAAUCA